GAUUAAUACAUUAAUUUAUUUAAUUAAUUACUCCAGUCUCCCCCCUUGCCUCCCUUUAGCAGACGUAAACAGCUUCACAUCCGCAUCCUAGUUCUUACGCGCCGUUAAACUAAAGGGAUGCAGGCUAGAGACUGGGUGAAAUGGUCCGAUUCGAGAAGUUGCAUGUACAGAUCGUGUGAAAGACAGUAUAUUUAAAAAUAGCCUGGCGAUUAGUGCGGUUUGUCUCGCAGCUGCGCAGGUGCUGAAGCGGAUGCUGAGGCGGCGGAUGGGGUGAGUCUGGCCGGAGCGGAGCGCUCCAGAAGCGGGCUGCUCCGCUACAGCCGGAACUCUGAGCGGGAAUAAUGCAGGACACGGCGGACGGAGAGGAGCCCAUUCUGGCCGGGACUGCCAGGGAAGAGCAGCGUCCAGUGAAGCAGUCCCUGGCUAGCUCUCUGUGUCGGGAGUCACAUUGGAAGUGUCUUCUCCUCACGCUGCUUAUGUAUGGAUGUUUUGGCACACUGACCUGGUGCGGAUUAUGCAAGGUUCCCGUCCUCACAGUCCCCUUAGAGCUUGCAGCUACAGUACUGGAAAAUGAAGACCAGUCUACAACUUCAGGUGCUGUUAACACCUACAGCCCUGAUGAGUUGACUGUGGACAGCCCUUGCUCAAGCGGCUAUGUCUACAUUCCCCUGGCCUUUCUGGCCAUGCUAUAUGUGGUCUACUUGGUGGAAUGCUGGCACUGCUACUCCAAGACUGCCAUGCUGGCUCAAGCAGAGGUUGCGGAGGUGUAUGAGCGUGUACAGAGACUUCAGCAGGCUACACCAUGCAUCUGGUGGAAGGCCAUCAGCUAUCACUAUGUGCGAAGGACCAGACAGGUAACACGCUACCGCAAUGGAGAUGCAUAUACCACCACACAGGUGUACCAUGAGCGGGUCAACACGCAUGCAGCGAGUUCAGAGUUUGACUAUGCUAGGCUGGGUGUAAAAGAUGUCUCCAAAGAGCUAAGGGGCCUCAUGGAGUAUCCAGCAGUGCGUCUGCGCUUUACGAAGUGCUUUAGUUUCUCCAGUGCCCGAGCAGAGGCUGCCUACCUCACACAACGUGCACGGUUCUUUGGGGAAAAUGAAGGCCUAGAUGACUACAUGGAGGCACGGGAGGGAAUGCACCUGAAAAAUGUAGACUUUCGUGAACAUAUGCUGGCCUUCCCUGACCCUGCUCGGCAGCCCUGGUACGCACGACGGAGGGUGUUCUGGCUUGCAUCAGCUAUGCUGCUGUCAUGGCCACUUCGUGUUGUGGCAGAAUAUCGCACUGCGUAUGUGCAUUACCAUGUAGAAAAGCUGUUUGGUGAUGAAGAUGACAGCAGCAGAGGGGAUGGAAGUGAGAAUGGAGGGAUCAAUGAGAAUGUAAAUGGACCUGGAGGAGGGGGCAUCGGAUCAAGCUACCGUGCCAUUUCCCGGGUUAACACCGUUGACAUGACAGAACUUGAGUGGCACAUUCGCUGCAAUCAGCAAAUGGUUCCCAGCUAUUCAGAGGCACUGCUGAUGGAUCCUGGCUCAGAUGGUAACCAAGGCACAAACCCCCCUUCUGCUGGGGCAAACACCAACACAGGAGGUCCUACACUGCCUGUGGCCUUUGCCUCAGCCUAUCUGCUCCAGAGCUGCCCUCGCUGUCGCCGGUCCACUAGCAGUAUGUCACUCCCUUCCAGGCUGAGAGGUCCAACAGCUGCCUUACUGACUGGCACUGUGGCUGGGAUGAGGGCUAGCGGAGCAGGAGGUGCUGCUGGAGGUCCAGGCAGGCUUGUUCUGAGCAGAAGUGGUUUUUCAUUGGGUCGUCUCCACACCACACGUCCCACAUCUCUGUUCCAUUCCCGCAGUGUGGGUGGAGGUCUAGGAGGAAGAGGGGAGGAGGGAAGUGGUGCAGGAGCAGGAGGUGGAGGAUUUCUUGGUUUGGGCUCAAGACAGGAUGAGGAAAGCAGAGGGGUGCUAGAGGGAGAAGGGGAGGAGGAAGAACAGGGAAAUGAAGAUGCUGGAGAGGAGGAGAGAGAAAGACAAGAAGAGGAAGCAGAGCAGCCUGAAGAUGGCAACAGAGAGGAAGGGAGAGAGGGUGAAAGGGAUCGACCUCCUGCAUAUCAGGAUGCUUUUUUCUUCCCUGUGUUAAUAGUGCAUGGAGAGGAAAGUUGUCACUCAGGAGAUAACAUUUCUUAAACAAGAGAAACAACUUCCCCAAAAAGGAGAGCAUAGGAGGAUGGCUAUAUAAAGAUAGACAUAGUACUGUUUGUCUAGUGAGGGAUAAGGUACAGUAGGAACUGAUAGCCUUGGUUGUCAUGUAGAAAAGCUAAGUAAAGUAGGUUGAAAAAUACGACUCAUUAUAUCUAUGCAAGAUUGAGAGAAGUCAGGUAAAUAAGCAACAGAUAUCCAACAAGUUCUUUCUCCAUUUGUCAAACUCCAAAGGAAUUAGAUUAUAGAAAGAAGAAGACCAAGAAAGAAACAAAAAACAAAUAAAUAAAUAAAAUCUCUCUGUACAUUUUCCAAAGUUAAUACAUCACAGAAAUCAUAGAUGUCAUAAUACAAGCAUUUCUAUUUCUGGUUUUCCAGUAUCAAGUAACUGCACAUAAAAUCUUCAGGUACAUCAAAAUCACCAUAAUUGCAGCCUUGGAACCCAAAUGGAUCACAGUCUUCUGUAAGACACCCCACCUGUGCAUGUAACUUAAAAUUACCUCAGCCUAUACGCUAACAACAGACUUGCAAUUACAGUGUAUCCCAUUUUUCAGCAAUGGAAACACCACAGCCCUGUUUUCUG